AUGGGUGAGCCGCUGAGAUCAAACGUUCUGGAUAUUUUCCGGUGUAAUCUCGUAAGCUCCGGUGAGGCUCAAACCAGUUUACCUGGGGGAACCAGUAGCACCGAAAAAAAUGGGUUUAAACUCAGUUGGUUAUCUUCCAUUCGUUCAUUCCAGACAACGAUUCCAGCGAGUAGACAAGCUUCGUAUGGCUUAGACGAGAUGUUAGAAGGUGUUGGGUUGAAUGAGGGUACACAUCUGCAAGGAGACGUGUGGAAUGCGUAUGGUGUAUUGGUUUUAUAUCCAACGGUGGUUAUGGAGCUGCUCAUGUUUUCUGAUGACUAUAAUGGUGAGAAAAUGCGUUUGAUGUCAAGUUGUUUAGAAGGGCUACAACCACCAUUUCUGGUCCAUUAUCAAGCUAUGUGGGUGAAUCAGAAUAGUUAA